AUGUCUCAACUCCUGCAACCGCUCAACUACUACACACAUCAACAUAUGCAAGCAGUGAUGCCAUCGGCAAGAUACAAGGAGGAUUACGGUUCUGGCGGAACAUGCACAGGAGAGCGCUCAGUUUUCCAGCCUUUGCCGUUUUCUGGGAAACAACCAGAUUCAUACGUUCCGAUUUUCUAUCUGCUUGUCAAGUCGCCGCAAGAAGGGACUCGAUCCACUGGUAUUGCUGCAAUCGAGUUACGCUUUGUAACCUGUAGCGGGGAGAUGGCUUCGUUGACAACGGGUCGUUUGAACAUUUCAACACAUAUGAGCUUGGCACCGAUAUUAUGUAAUGAAGAAGAACGAGAGGCGGCAUACAGAGAAAUGACGUACACAACUAGAUGCGAACAACUGAAGGAACUGCCCGGAAUUUGUGCAUAUGCUCAAGUGGCAGUCUGGCAAGCAGGAGAUGUGAAUCUCAUCCAGCUGGACGAUCAAUUGCGACAUGUGGUGCAGCUUGGAAUAUGUGAUGUGGUCACGGAAUUCGGAAUUUUGAAUCUGAACGUGAUCGAGGUCGGCGCACAACUGCCAGUGAGUCCAGGACUGCACAUAAGCCCGCAUUCGAGUGAGUGA